CGCAUGCGCCCUGUGGCGCGCGCUUUGUUGCGAGAACGAGGGGGCGAGGUCUUGAGAAGCCGGUCGGCUAAGGCACGACGGGCGGGGCUGAGGAUGGAGGUGACUGCGUUCGCGGCGACGGUUGGGGCUGCGCGCGAGGCAGCGGCGGAGUAGGCGGUGGAGCGACGGGCAUGGCGGGGCGACCCUUCGGUGCUCCCUAGGCGCCGGAGCUAUGGGCGCUCUGAGCAGCCGGGUGCUGCGGCCCGCAGGGCGCACAGAGCAGCCGGAACCCACGCCCGGUGCUGGGGGCGCGGCCCGCAGGUCGGACGCGGGCGAGGAUGCGGCCCACAGCUUCUGUUACUGUCCGGGUGGCCGCAAACGCAAGCGCAGCAGCGGCACAUUCUGCUACUGUCACCCGGACUCCGAGACAGACGAAGACGAGGACGAGGGCGACGAGCAGCAGAGGCUGCUGAACACGCCGCGCAGGAAAAAAUUAAAGAGCACAUCGAAAUACAUCUACCAGACGCUGUUUUUGAAUGGUGAAAACAGUGACAUUAAGAUCUGUGCUCUAGGUGAAGAGUGGAGCUUACACAAAAUCUACUUAUGUCAAUCUGGCUACUUUUCUAGUAUGUUCAGUGGUUCUUGGAAAGAAUCCAGCAUGAAUAUUAUUGAACUGGAGAUUCCCGACCAGAACAUUGAUAUAGAAGCACUGCAGGUUGCAUUUGGAUCACUGUAUCGAGAUGACGUCUUGAUAAAACCCAGCAGGGUUGUCGCCAUUUUGGCAGCAGCUUGCAUGCUGCAGUUGGAUGGCUUGAUACAGCAGUGCGGUGAGACAAUGAAGGAGACCAUCUCUGUGAGAACUGUGUGUGGCUAUUACACAUCGGCAGGGACCUAUGGACUAGACUCUGUAAAGAAAAAGUGCCUGGAGUGGCUGCUGAACAACCUCAUGACUCACCAGAGUGUGGAGCUUUUCAAAGAACUCAGUAUAAAUGUCAUGAAACAGCUCAUUGGUUCAUCUAACUUAUUUGUGAUGCAAGUGGAGAUGGAUGUAUAUACAGCUCUUAAAAAGUGGAUGUUCCUUCAGCUGGUGCCUUCCUGGAAUGGGUCUUUAAAGCAGCUUUUGACUGAAACAGAUGUCUGGUUUUCAAAGUGGAAAAAAGACUUUGAAGGGACGACUUUCCUUGAAACUGAACAGGGAAAACCAUUUGCGCCCGUGUUCAGACAUUUAAGGCUACAGUACAUUAUCAGUGAUCUGGCUUCUGCAAGGAUCAUUGAGCAGGAUUCUCUGGUACCUUCAGAAUGGCUGGCAGCAGUGUAUAAACAGCAGUGGCUGGCUAUGCUCCGGGCUGAACAAGACAGUGAAGUGGGGCCUCAAGAAAUCAAUAAAGAAGAACUUGAGGGAAAUAGCAUGAGAUGCGGUAGAAAGCUUGCCAAAGAUGGUGAAUACUGCUGGCGGUGGACAGGUUUUAAUUUCGGCUUUGACCUCCUUGUGACUUACACCAAUCGAUACAUCAUUUUCAAACGCAAUACACUGAACCAGCCAUGUAGUGGAUCUGUCAGCUUACAGCCUCGAAGGAGCAUAGCAUUUAGAUUGCGCUUGGCUUCUUUUGACAGUAGUGGGAAACUCAUAUGCAGUAGAGCAACUGGCUACCAAAUACUGACACUUGAAAAAGACCAGGAGCAGGUGGUGAUGAACUUGGACAGCAGACUGCUGAUCUUCCCUCUGUACAUCUGCUGUAACUUCUUGUACAUAUCACCAGAAAAAAGAACUGAGAGUAAUCGUCACCCAGAAAACCCAGGACACUGAGGCAGUCAUCAGUGGCCAGCUUUAUCUUAAUGACCUACUGCAUUCACGUCCAAGGUGACUAACAGUGACGGCCUUAUGAACUGUGGGAUGCCGCAGAUGUCCUCAUCCUCAUUACAUUUCUAUGCACAUAUGAAAAAGUAUUUUAAAACUAAGAAAGCAUCUGUCAAACCAUGUAUGUUAAAAGGAUAUCAACUCUUGCUUUAAUUUAGUAGCAGUAGAAAAGUGCUGUAGGUAAAUUUCUCAUUUCUUUGCAACAAAAUAUAGAUUUAAUUUUGAGCUUGAAUUUGAUCCUAUCUAAUGUUAGUGAACUUAUUCAUCUGUAACUGUGUUCCUGUUUUGUUAAGAGAAUGCUAAAGAUGUAGUUUGAGUGGCCAAUCAUAAAUGCUCUCUCAAUUGGUGCCUUUAAAGCUGUCCUUUCAUUUUUUCAGCCACCCGGUUAAGUCUUCUGUUUAGUUGAAAUCCUUUCCAAUCUCCACUUCUUUUUAACCAUUAGAUCCUUGUUCAUGGUUUGGGAGACUAGGCUUAGGAAUUGGUUUUGUUUUUCUUUUUUCUUUUUUUAUUCUAAAUGUAAGCAUUUUCAUAUUUUUUUAAACUUUAACUUUCCUACAGUUUUAAAUGACAACAAGAAUCAGCUUUAGGACUUGAAAUAAACUUGAAUAAGGGAAAUCAGUUUGAUUCUGAGGAUAUUCCUUCGCCUUAGUGCGUGGUCUUGUCUGGCAUUCUGUGUAUUCUUAUGUUAUGAAUUAUUUAUGUACAGAUACAUCUUCAAACAUUUUCAUAUUCUCUGAUAGUUGGAAUUUAUGUUCAAAUUUGAGUUGGGAAUCUUGUUUCCUACUUAAGCUCAGGACUUUAUAACCUCUGAACUGAGUGCCUUUGAGUCACAUACGCAAAUAGAUUUCAUGGUGAAUGUACAGGAGGAGCUGGGAACAAAAAAUUCGUGUUAAAAUAACUUAUUUUUGUCAAGAAUAAGAUGUAUGCUCAUCAUGAUUUGUAUGUGUUGGUUCCUUGUGUUUAUUGCUAUUGAAAAUAGCCUUGAUCGUUGUCCUCCAGUCAGAGUAAGUGCUUUUGUGGUUAAUAUAUGUUUUUAGUAUUUUUUUAAAUUGGAAUCAUUUUUAUGUAUCUGUUCAAAUAAUAAAUGCUCAUUUGGAAAAGGAA